GACCACGUUAAUAUUUCCUGUGACGGCAGUGCCACUGGUGAAUAGUAAAACCCCUAAAAAUUAAUCAAUUAACGUUAUUGUUGGAUAAGAUACAGUGUUGUGCCCAGCGCCAUCUGAAGGUGGAGGAAGGAAUGGUGAGGAGGCUUCAGGAAUUCGAACACUGAGUUCCAUAUCAACAUUUGAACAUGCCAAAGGGCAGUUCUUGCAAGGCCAGGGGCUGCACCUCCAACAAGACUGACAACCCUGAACUGAGUUUCCAUUCCUUCCCCAAAAACAAAGAAAGGUUUAAAAUAUGGUGUGAUUUGAUUAAAAGACCAGACUUGAAUCACAGUAAAGUUAUCACCAACCGGAUGUCAAUGAGAGUAUGUUCACUGCACUUUGAAGAUCGUAUGUACAUGAGUCCCAACAACAAGUCCAGAUUAAUUUGGUGUGCUGUGCCAAAGCCUGUCACAGAUGGUGAAACAUCAAACUUAGCAGAAAGUGUGGACAGCAAGGCAGCUCUGGCUAAUAAAGUAGAAGCUCAAGAAAGACAAACAGGUAAAACAGAUUCAACUGUUUUAGCACAACCUCUUCCAUUAGCUAAAGGCAGCAAGAAAUUUGAUUGGUCUUUGACACUUGAUGAAGACGUCAUCGUUAAAGAAGAGAAUAUGAUGGAUCAGGACAACCAAUUAGACCUCUCAGCUCCACCUUCACCAGAAGAAGCAAAUUCUCCAACUUCUUGUGUAGACACCAAGGAAGGCAUCAUUAAACAUGAUCAUACAGGCAGAAAAUGUUUGGAAAACAUGAAAUCAUCAUCACAGUGUCAAGAAGAUACGACUACUGUGGGUGCAACAUUUGGAAAAGCUGAAGCUUCAGAGCCAAAUGAAACUGAAACUGAAUCUUCCUCAUUUAUAUCAGCUGAUGGUUUUAAUCAUACUACAGAUGAAUCAUCACCUAAUACAUCUCAGACUUCCAUUAUUCCCAAAGUGCCUUCAGGAGAGUCUCGAGAAUCUUCACCAACUAGAAAGAACGGCUCAUCAAAAGGAAUUGUUUAUGAAGCUCCUUCAUCUCUACUCUCUCAUGUAAAGGAGGAGCCAUUCCGAUCAACUAGAAUUGUACUUGAUAAUGAUGCUCAAGUACAAAAAGUUACAAGUAAAACCUCUCAGUUAUUAGAAGAUACAGAACAACAUUGCUACCCACACUUACCACGGUCUCUGCCAACAACUGAAACCUGUCAACCAAUUACAUCCCUAUUACUACCUAACACAGUUACCACCACUGCUUCAGCUACAACUACUACAUCUUCUCAGUCAAAUUCCUCUGUAUCUGCAACCAUAACACAACCUCCUCAACAAAAGAUCACCUUGUCACCAUCUUUAGGCAAUUUUCAUUCACAUAAAACAGUUGAUUCUUCCAUGAAAACAAAGGAACCUAAGCUCAUCCAAGUCAAGUCCUCUGUGCCAGAUACAGGAGAGUUGUCAGCAAACAGAGAAGAGCUGCUGAAGAAGUUAGCUUAUGAUGCUUGUGGUGAUGAACAGCCAAUUGUGGUGGAUGAAGAUGAUGUUUCCAUUGUUGAUGAAAGAGAAUUCUCAGAGUGUGAGAAAGAUUGUCAGUGCAUUAAAUGUGAGGAAAAAGCAGAGAAGGUACUACCAGAAACAGCUAAGCCACCUUACCAAGUCCGUCGCACAUACUCAGGACCCAUCAAGAGAAAAAUUGUGAAAACUAAGGAUGGUGGCAAGAGAACAUUCAUGAUUUUAAACAAAGCUUCUCUAAAAGUCCUGCAGGCAAAGGGACUCAUUCAACCACUGAAGAAUUUUGCUGACAGCCAGCCACCUAAAAAUUCUCAACUUUCAAACCAAGGAGCAGGGAAGACAUCAUCAUCUAGUGAUCCUCUGUCACCAGAUUUAACUGCCAGUAUAUAUAAGGCUUUUCCCAUUACACCAGCAGAACAGAAAGGAAUAUCCUCAGUACAAGCUGCACCCUACAAAUCUGCCAAUAAAGAACUUAAGAAGAAAUAUGCUCGUCUGCUUAAUAAGCACAGACAGAGAUAUCACCUACUUCUUAAGAAGUAUAAAUCUUUGGAAAGCAAGUUUGCUGUAGUUGAAGAUGCUGGUACUCCAGAGCAAGUUAUCAGAGAUGCUAAAAAUUUCUUAUCAGAAGAGCAUGUCCUGUUUUUGGAAAGUCAGAUGUUCCUGAGGAACAGACCAGGAACAGGCAAUCGAUUUUCCAAAAAAUUUAUGAAACUCAUGAUAGAGUAUUAUAAGCGUAGUGCUGCUGGAUAUAGAUUUCUCAGGACAAUUUUCACUAUUCCAUCAGUAAAAACAGUACAGAAGUGGCUGAGCAAACCUUUACAAAUUAGAGAGGAAAAAGAAAGUGAUCCUUUAGCAAUAACCUCACAGAGGAGAGAGUCUGGCACUAGAAAUGAAAGGGAAAGCAGUGUUGAAGCAUCAGGCUCUGGCUUAAGAAAGCAUCAAAGUGUAAGUAAAGGUGAACAUGGUUCAGGAGAUAGAAGGGGUUAUUCUUCCACCAAAUUUUCUAAAGGAAGAUUAACUCCUGAUGAAUCUGAUAUGGAAGAAGGCUCAUCAGAAGAGUAUGAUUCAGAAGAAUCAGGACUUGAAGAGAUGGAAGAUGAAGAGGGGAUGGAGGAGAGUGAAAAUUCAAGUAAAAGAUUAACAGGACAAACCAGUCAUGGUUCAAAUGAGGAAGAAAUCACAAUUGAGUGGGAAGAAGAACCUUGGCCUUCUGUUGUUAUGGAAUGAUUUUUAAAAGUUUUCCUUCAAUAUGUUUAUAUGACAAGGACAUCAUUGUAACCAUAUUUUAUACUAAAUAUGAAGCCUUAUUGUACUGUAAAUAACCCUUGUCAGUAGUUUGUGUGACAUUAUUGUAUAUAUUAGAGGUCUUAACUAUUUUUAUAAGUAUUUAAUCAUUAAAGUCAAUCACACAGUAAUCUAUAAAUUAAUGAAACUGUAUAUCUUUCACCUGAAGGUAUGUUAUUGUAAAAAUAUGAAAGUACAAGUUCAAUAAAAGCAAAUGUUAUGUCAAGCUCAGAUUUUUAAAUACAGUACAUGACAAGAUGAAUGUGCAGUACUGUACUGUACUGUAUCUUAUUUUUUAAUUCAUAGAAAAAAGCUCUUACAAGAAAAUCCUGAACAGUGAAGGCAAAAUAUGGAUACACAACUUUUGUUUUUCUUUUUCUCAAAUAAUUUUGUUAGGUUUCUUCUACUUGUAUUUAAACAUCCUAAUACCUGUACUAACAAUAGAAGCCAUAAAAAAAUAAACAAACACAGUGACAUAAUAUUUACUGUACAUGCAAAAUUAAAAAUAUAGUUCUACCUUUACAAA